CAUUCGCUUUCCCUACAUCACUUCCGCAUACAGUAAGGUUUAUGAGCCAGAUUGUUCCAUACAGGCGGGAGAUUUGGAAACAACUGUUUCUGUUUCUGACCUGCUCGUGUUAAGUACAGAAAUAUACAAAUCCUUGCUGACAGCUCGGCCGUCGACAGAUCUGUGAAUUAAUGGGAGUCAGCGGCCAAAUGGACCCGUUAGACUUUCUAACGAAUGAGCAGUUGCUACUUUUUCUUCGCCGUAAGAAGACAGAGAUUUCGUGCAUUGAACAACCGCACGCAUUUCUCACUCAGCUGCGCGACCACGACCUGAUGCCGGAGAAACUCUUUGAGAAGGUGAAAGGGAUGCGCACCCGUGAGCAGAAGCAGAAGGGCGUCUAUGAUGUUCUGGACCGGCUGGAGAAAGAGAAACCCCAGUGUGUGCAUAAGUUCUGGCACUGUGUGUUCAAACAUCAUAUCCUGCAGCUGUACCCGACACUACAACUGCUCAGAAACAGCCUGCUGGACGGCUCCUUCGAAUUCUAUGAGAAUUGUCCAGAUGUUGAGACACAGACGGAGAAGAGUGAAGGAAAGGAGGAGAAAGGAAAGAAAAAGAAAAACACUAGAAAGAGAAAUAAUGAUGAUAGAAGUACUGAGGAUAGUGAUGAUCCGGGUCCUUCCUCUGCUUCCACACCCACUCAAAAGAAACGAGCCAGGAAACCCUCAUUCUCGACUCCUGUGAAGAAAGGAGAAAAAGCAGAGAUGUGGACGUGGCCUAUUUAUAAAACUCAGCUGCCUGUAAACUGUGGGGAUGAAGAGGGCACUCUCUAUCGGGACAAACUGCCCAAAGGGGAGAAGUGCAUUUUGUCCAAGGGACUCUGGUUCACCCCAUCUGCUUUUGAGAAAUUUGGGGGGAAGGAAAGGUGCAAAAAUUGGAAAGUCAGCAUCCGCUGCAGAAACACACCACUUAAGAAACUCAUAGAGGAGAACCAUCUUCAGUGUCCACCGAUGGAGAGGAGAAAGAGGAAAUGUGCCCCAAAAAACAUGAAAGAGCAGUUUCCUGUCAUCUCAGCUGAGAGCUCCAGUGCAGACUCAGAAACCAGCAUCACUUUGGAUGAGGAAAGUGAUGCUGAAGAUUUCGAGGAACAGACAGGGAGAGGAGGAGGAACAGAGUUUAGAGGGAGGGUUGGGGAUGAGGAGGAGGAAGAAGAGAUGACAGAUCUGUCAGUUUUCCAGGCUCCCUCUUUACCAGUCACCUGUGUUUCACUUACUGGGACUCUAUACAAAUACAGGUUUGCAUCAGGGAGUCGUGGGAAGUGUAUAAGGACCGAGGAAAGCUGGUUCACUCCGGAGGAAUUUGUGAACCAGGAACAAACUCUCACUGAUGGACACUGGAAAAAAGAUAUACUGUGCCAUGGAAAAACUCUUAACUUUUUACUCAAGAAAGAGAUCCUGUCCAUCGAUUCUCUUCUGUGUAUAUGUGUGAAUUGCAGUUGUCAACCAAAAGACCUGAUGGCACAGAACAAUGACGAUGUUUGUUACGUGUGUCACUCUGGGGGAGGUCUCGUGUGUUGUGACGAAUGUCCACGAGCUUUUCAUUCACACUGUCACCUACCAGCUGUGGACGAAGACUCACCUGGGGAAUGGAUUUGUACCUUCUGCGUGUUAAAAACCAGUCAGCAAUGGCGUGACUCCAGUAGCAUGACUGAACAAGAAGCUUUCAACGCUCCAGUGUCGCAAUACAGAUUGCACUGCCACUAUCUCCUGUUAUGUGUGUACAAGGAGGACACUCAGAGGGUGUUUGUAGAGGAUCCACGCAAAACAGUCUCCAGAUACUCUCAGUUCAUUUCUCAGCCAAUGUGGCUGGACAGAAUAAAGCUAAAGUUGGAAAGUGACGAGUAUCAGACGGUUGAAGCAUUUGUCUCUGACUUUCAGCUCAUUUUCAGCAAUUGUAGCACAUUCAACAAGGACAAUGAGUUUGGGCAAAUGGGUGCCAAGCUGAAGGAAAUGUUUGAGAAGGAGUUCCAGAAAAUCUUCACUAUCCAGUAACAACUUGAUCUGUGUAGCUUUGAACAUGCAUUAGAUCUCAUUAUAAUGUAUAUCAGAUAUAUAAUAUUUCUUAUCCCGCAGCCCUUCAUAGGAAAAGCGGGAUAGAAAUUGGAUGGAUGGAAAAUUUCGUAUAUGACCACACAUCUUUUUUUUUUCUGUAAUGCCAUCUUUUCAUUGCAGCAAGGUAUUAUGUCAUUCAUAUCAUGGGUAACGGAUGGGAGUUUAAUUAUGUCAGUACAAAAGAUCUGCUACUAUUAGCUUUUUCUCUUCCUCCUUAAGCCAGGUGCACACUGUGCGAUUUAUGAUAGUCCUUUACGAUGGUUGCUUGUCAGACUGUACGAACAUGAUCCUCAUGUCACACUGUGGGAUCUCAGCUCUCAUUUAUGUCAGACUGUACAACAGUCAGGACGUGUUAAAAAUGGAUGCAUGCUUAAAAACUUGUCCGGAGAUUUACAUCAUCAACCCACACACAUUCUGUGACUGUGAGCUGCAUUACACACGGGACUGAAAUGGUGGCUUUCAAAGACAUCUCUAGCGUUAAUUUUGAUCACAGCUUGUCUUGAAAAACGACAAAGACAAUUUGACGUUUGUCGUAGGAAAAGUCACACUGCAACGGUCAUUAAUCGGCUGUCGUUGAACAUGUCAAACUAGCGAUCAAAGGAUUCUCAAAAUUUGUCUCAGACGACCAAACCGUGGCCAAAAUCACACAGUGUGCACCCGCCUUUAUACAGACCUUAUUCACUGUCGGUGACCAUGUACCUAAGGUGAAGCGUGCCACUUCUGUAAUUGCAUUAAUAAUGAUCAGCAUGUUCACAGUUAAGUCAAAUAUUUUUAUAUAUAUACAUUUCAGUGUUAUGUGUGAUUUUAAUCAUUUGCUGUUUGUUUGUUUUUAUAAAUAAACUAAUGUCUUUAUGUAAAAA